AUGGCCUUCAAACAGCGCCUCGUGCUCCCGCUCUUCGCCUGCGCGCUGCUGCUCGCGUGCGCGCUCCUUGCGCCUUCCGCCUCCGCCUCCGCCUCCGCCUCCGCCUCCGCCUCCCGCCGCAUCCUUCAGGACGUCGGGGACGACUACGUCGAGCGCGUGGCGGACGAAGAUUACGGCACCGACCCCGGCGCGGAAUCCGCCGGGGCCGUCGGCUUUGGCGACGCCGGGUCUGGCGGAAUGACCCUUCCGCCGGGCUUCCCCGGCGCAGCGGGAGACGUUGCGGGCGGCGCACCCCCCGGCAACGCGGGGAGCGCGGGCAACGGUCCCGCGACCAGCCCCGGCGCCGGACCAGCGGACAACCCGCCGGCGGAUUCGGCCGGAGAGGCGAUAGACGACCUGACCAUCCCCGCCACCCCCGGCACUCCCGCCAACCCCGCCGCUCCCGACGUGCCCGACGUUCCCGCCGAUUUCCCCGAUACCAGCUCGCCGAUCAGCGCGCUGUUCGACCUGGCGCUAGAGGGGCAAGAUAUGGAGCUCGCGCGCACGCUCCAGCCGCAGCCGCUCCCCGCGGACGCGCCCGCGGAGGUGAAGAAGUUCGUCGCCGCCAUGGAGGCGGGCGCGGCCGCGGCCGCGGCCGCGGGGGCGAAGGGGACGGACGCGCCGGGGCGCAAGCUCGCGGGCGUGCCUGCGUGGAAGGCCAGCCCGCGGACCAACAACUCGACGCCCUUCGGCUUCUACCCCUAUGACGUCCCCAAGUAUGCAUGCUCUGCCCUCUCUGCGCUCUCUGCCCUCUCUGCGCUCUCUCUGCCCUCUCUGCCCUCUCUGCGCUCUCUCUGCCCUCUCUGCCCUCUCUCUGCCCUCUCUCUGCCCUCUCUGCCCUCUCUCUGCCCUCUCUCUGCCCUCUCUCUGCCCUCUCUGCCUUUCUGCCUACUAUCUGUCCAUCACCCCACGCGCAUCACAUCAGUCCUUCCCUGCGCUUUCUCUUGCCCAUUGCCGUUCUCUGCUCGCCGCCCCCCUCAGAUUCUCCCCCUCUCCCUUCCCCUCUUCCGCCCUCCCCUCCUCAGGUUCCACCCCCUGUUUGGCACGUCGGUGAAGGCCAAGAACGGCACCUGGUACACGUACGUCAAUCUGAAGAACCAGUGGCUAGACACCCCUUUCCCCCUCCCUUUCUCCCCCUCUGCCUCCCCCCCUCCCCUCCUCAGGUUCCACCCCCUGUUUGGCAUGUCGGUGAAGGCCAAGAACGGCACCUGGUACACGUACGUCAAUCUGAGGACCCAGUGGCGCGGCACCUUUGACUGGGCCACGGGCUUCUGUAAGUUUUUGUCUUUCACGACGCCUCAAAAUUCCCUCUCCUCCUGCCGACCGACCUACACAUACGUCAAGAGGAAGAUCCAGUGGCUGGGAACCUUUGACUGGGCCACGGGCUUCUGGACCUGCCGUUUCACGGCGCCUCACCCCAAGAAUGGCUUUAACUGCAAAGCGGAUGCUACCUGCCCGGGCUGCCCUUACUGCCGCGGCUGGCGCUGCUUUCGCAACAUGCACCUGCCCACCUACGGCUCCCCCAACGGCCAAACGUACGCGAAUAGCCUCAUGGCUGCUGCUCAACGCCCCAAGGAGUACGGAGUGUGCCGCUACGCCGGCUCUCCCAACGGAACGUGCACGUACGACCGGUCCAAUGGCAGAGGCAUUGGCCUCAUUGUCCCUGGCCUUACACCCUCUGCACCCAAGAAACCCUAA